AUGGACAGUUGUUUUGUUCCAUGGGAAAAUGUCCCUAUAGAUGAGUGGCCAGAAAACCUUGAUCUUGAUGAUGCAAUACCUAGCGAUGAAUCAAUCCCAGAUAUUGUACCAAACGAUGGUGUUGCUGCAUCGAUAAAUUUCCAAAGAGGUAAGACGAGAUGUCGUUGUUCAAGUCAAGGUCCUCUGCAUAAGAUGCUGCUGCGUCAUCUUUUGGAACUACAGGAGGUCAAAGAUGCACAUGGAAGUAAACAGAUUUCUCAUCUGAACCUCCAGCUAAUGAGCGCCGAAAACACACUACAAGACCAGUUAGCCCAGGAGAUUCGCAUCGCUUUGAAAAUAUUAGAGACCAAAACCAUGUUAGAAAUGAAGGAGCUCUCCACUUGUACCUUUUCUGGGCUUGAACUUGUCGAUGUUCAUACUAUUUCGCUAUCUGAGUCAUCCGUAGUAUUUCCUUUUGAAUGCUUGGCAGGGAUCGAAUUAUCCAAAAUUCCAGAAUUCAUAAACUUGAAAGAUGUUUCUUCCCUUUCAAUUGAACGGACCUUUGUAGUGACCUCAAAUAGCGAAGCCAUCUGCACUGCAAAUGGGUACCUAGAAGAAUUAUUGGCGCUCCUCUCAAAAAACCUCGUAUUGCAUCAAUCAUUAUCUAUCUUUAGACGCAAUGCUUUAUACACAGAGGAUAUCCUCUAUAUAAAAAUAGUGCACUUUUGUUCUUACACCCAAUUCAGGUUCUUAGGACAUUUCCCGAUAUUUCCAGAAGAAUAG